CGGCCGGGCGCCCAGCCCACGGGCUGUGCCGGCGGCUGCAGCAGGCUCCCGCACCCAGGGGCUCGCCCGCCCAGUCAGCGGGCCAUGAGCCCGGGCGCGGCGGCUGCAGCGGGGCGAUGGUGCCCAAGGAGAAGCCGCUGUGGAAGGGCUUCGCGUUCCGCCUCUGCCUGCUCUCGGCCGGGCUCUUCCUCUGCCUGCAGCUGGGGCUGAGGCGCUCCCGGGCCCCGGCGGAGAAGGCGGGAGCCGCUGCGGCCCGGGCUCUGCCCGCCCGGGGCACCGAGCAGCGCCUCGGGCCGGUGCCGGCCCGCAGCAGCCGCAAGGGCAGCGCGGAGGCGCACCUGGGGCCGGGGGCGGGGCGGCCGGAGGCGGCGAGCGCCAGCAGGAGGCGGGUGACCUACCUGAGAAGCAGCCGCAGAAGGAGCUCGGAGCCCGCCUGCUGCCCCCUGCAGUCCCUGGGCAGCAGCCGCAGGAAGACUAUACGAUGGAACGUAGACCUGCAGCCUUGGGCAAGUCCAACUCCUUCCCUGAAUUAUGAGGCCUUGAGGUUCCUGAAGUAUAUCACCACACCUCAGAUUUCAUGUGAACAUAUGAAUAUGAACAGCCUGACAGAUAACUCUGAAACCAUAAAGAAGCCGUGGUCAGUCUGUCUUGAUGACAGGUUCAGUUUAGUUCAUCGAAUCAAAAGCAAGCAAUGCCGUCUCUAUUCACUUGGAUUGAGCAGUGAUGAUAACCAGUUUGAAAUCAGCCUGGCCAACAGUGGUUGUGAGGUGCAUCGAUUUGAUCCUAGUAUCAAGUCAGCUCAUAUUCAGGAGGGACGACACCUCUGGAACCAUCGCCUGUCCAUUGACUGGAGAGAUCCCAAUCCGGCAAUUGCUCCUCAUAAACUACGCAGCCAUACGAAAAAGCUUGGCACCAUCUUGAAUGAGUUUGGACACCAGAAGAUUGAUGUCCUCAAGGCAGAUAUGGAAAGUGCUGAGUGGAAAAUUUUGGAAAACCUGAUUCUGGAAGACAUUGUUGAACAGAUAGGACAACUGGUCUUUGAAGUCCACAUUCAUUGGCCUGGAUUUGAGGUCAGUGGCAAUGACAGCAUGGUGGUCCGAUACUGGUACAGUCUUCUCAAAGAAUUAGAACUGAAGGAUUUCAGGCUUUUUCACACUUACAAAGACUUAUUGAAACCACAGAUAUUUCUGAAAAAGGAAGCCUUCAAUGCAAGUAGCUGUUACACACUAAGCUGGGUGAACACAAGAUGGAAAUAGAAUAAAGGAAUUGAUGACAUGUAAUCAUCCCACUGAACCGUAUUAGUGAAAAGGACAUUGGAGCAGCUGACAAAAGUUACUGAACUUGCAAACCGAGGCCCUGUUAUCAAAAUGUUUCUAAGCAAUAUCUCAAAAGCUGAAUGUUAUCAUGCAUUGUUUCGGAAAACUAAAAAGAGAUCUGGCAUUGAAAUUGUUUUGUACAUGCAUCUUCCAUAAGUUACGUAGAUAGACUUUAUUAGAAACAGAUGAGAGAUAUUUUCUAAGUGUUCGUCUAAAGUGGCUAACAGUUCUCCACACAUGGCUGUGGAUUGACCCCAGCCUUCCUAAAGGUCAGCAGAGAGCAUUCCCCUACUCUGGCCCUGAAAAUUCACUGGGAGCAGCUCUAGUACAGUGAACACCAAGAGAUGCUGCUGAAAAAAAUCACUGAUCCAAAUAAGUUACUUUCUCAGGGAUGGCCAAGUGAUACAUUUUCCUUAAAUGAUUGUGCUUAGACUAGCACCUUUUAUUACUUUAAAAACAAACACUCCCAUGACAGUUGUGGCAGAUUGUUCUCUUCCAACCAACAAUUACUUAAAAGGGACAGUCAAUGGGAAAUCUAGUCAAUUUUUAAAAAGGUGUAAUGUAUUGUCAGAUACUACACCUGCCCCUGGUAUAUGCAUGCCAGCACCUCCUCCACAGGCAUUCUUCACUCAAAUCAGUCCCCCUUCCAAUGGCUAACAAGCUCAAAUCACUCAACUGGCCCCUCCAGAUUUCCCUCAGAAGCCCAACUGGCAGGCUCAAUAGGCCCAAGCAAUAUAUUUUAAACUUCCCAGAGAAGUCAUUUCCCCCUCACUUUACCAGAAACAUAGUGAAGGAGUGCAUGGUUUAUGUGAACAUUUCAAAAACUCUAGCCCAUCCAAUACUACCCAUCUGAGAGGGGUUAAGAGAGAAUUUAGUAUUUUUAUGUAAUGUAUUGCCAUUAAACUUUGUAUUAAAUAAAAGACA